AUGUACGCACACGGUGCUCGCAUACCGCAGCCACCUCAUAGCGCUGGAAUGACCCUCCAAGGACUUCGAACGCACAUUGAUCCAAGCCAAGUACCUUCUCCAGUCGACGGAAUUGAAGCAGACCGUGACAAAUGGGAGAAAGAGGUAUACAUGACUUUACCCGGAAGUCACGUCCCUCUUUCCACGACGAAUUGUGUGGCUAUUGAUCAAGGCAAUUCUUCUUCAAGAUUCAUUCGUAUGUCGACCUGGAAUAUUCCCAGCACGUCCCGGCUAGCUAGAGAACUUGACAUACCCAUUGUCGCCGUCAUACAACCUUUCGCUGACACCGACCCGAGAGAAGAAGAAGUUCCCAUAGUUGAAUCUGGACCUGCUGGACCUGUACGAUGCGCGCUCUGCCGAGGAUACAUCAAUGCAUGGUGUACUUUCACGGCUGGAGGGGGUCGUUGGAAGUGUAAUCUAUGCGGACAUGAGACAGAAGUCACCCCAGACUACUUCUGCAACCUCGACGCGAACCUUCGACGACUCGACCAUGAACAGCGGCCAGAGUUGAACAAGGGUACAGUCGACUUUGCCGUUGGUGAAAACUACUGGGCGCCUCAUCCACCGCCUAGGUUAUCUCCGUCGUACUAUACCGUAGAACCCCCGCCGACCACUCCAAAUCGGAAACCUCAGCCCAUGGCCUAUUUGUUCGCUUUGGACGUCUCGCAAGAGGCUGUUCAGUCAGGGUUUCUAAGAGCAGCAUGUGCAUCACUACGAUCGAUCUUGUAUGGUGGGAUUGGCGCGGACGGGAGCGAGAUCCAACCAUGCUUCCCUACAGAAUCAGUGUUGGGGAUCAUCACCUACGACGAAACAUUGCAUUUUUAUGAUUUAUCGUCUGACUCUGAUCAAGCGCGGUUGCUGGUCGUCUCAGACAUCGAUGAAGUCUUUGUGCCACUACGAGAUGGGCUGCUAGCACACCCUCAAGGCUCUCGAACAGUGAUCGAAAGCCUACUGGCUCAGCUUCCAGAUCGCCAUGAAAGCACUUUGAUUGCAAGAUCUUGUCUAGGUUCCGCUCUCUGUGCAGCUCUCGCCUCACUGGCCGGCCGAGGCGGCCAAGUGGUCGUCUUCCAGAGCUGUCUUCCAACUAUUGGUGCUGGCGCGCUUGAGCCACGGUCUGACGAGGGCAAGCUAUAUGACACUGAUAAGGAGCGAUCCCUGUAUAGGCCCCAAAACACUUCCUGGCAAAAUAUCGCCGAAUACCUCGCCGAGGAGGGUGUAGGUGUGAGUAUGUUCCUUGGGAUGAGAGAAUUUAUCGAUGUGGGCUCGAUAGGUGUCGUCGCCUCCAUCACCGGCGGAGAACUUUUCUUUCAUCCUCGGUUCGACAUAAGGCGCGACGGCCCGACCUUUGAUUCGCAAAUUCGACGCCUGGUAUCUCGCACUACGGGAUAUAGUUGUGCGUUGCGGGUACGCUGCUCCGACGGCUUGCGAAUAGAAAAGCAUUAUGGAAAUUUCAACCAGCGUACAGCGACGGACCUGGAAUUCGGCACAUUGGACGCGGACAAGGCCGUUUCUGUGCUCAUCGAGCAUACCCGGUCACUCGAUGAGCGACAGUACGCAUUCUUGCAAUGUGCGGUGCUAUAUACGACGGUGGGAGGCCAUCGGAGGGUGCGGGUUUGUAACCUGGCGCUCCAAGUCGCAGCCCUGGCCGGUUCUGUCUUCCGUUUCGCAGACAUGGACGCUCUCGUCGUGCAUAUGCUACGGCAUUCGAUAUCAGAGUUAGCUACGAAAAAAAUGUCCAUGAUUCGAGACGACCUCACCGAGAUGUGUUCAGCCAUCCUGUAUUCGUACCGGAGAAAUUGUGCAGCGUCGACUUCCGCUAGUCAGCUCAUCAUCCCCGAAGCGUUCCGUGCCUUGCCGAUGUAUUCUCUCGCGAUCCACAAGAGCAAACCAUUGAAAGCCCGCAAUGUCUCUUCUGACGUGCGCAACUUCCACGCUCACCGGCUAUCUGCUCUCAGCGUGCGCAGCACGAUGUUUCAUCUAUAUCCGCGUCUGCUCGCGAUCCACGAUCUCGACGACCAGAUCGCUCUUCCGAACGCUGAAGGGUGGGUCGACAUGCCGUCGCUCAUGCGGGCCAGCCACCUAUUCAUGGUCGCUCACGGGAUAUAUCUCGUUGAUAAUGAGGACAUGAUGAUAUUGUGGAUAGGGGCAGGUGCCUCACCGCAGCUGCUUCUCGACAUGUUUGGUGUCGAUGAUUUCGCGAACCUAGACCCGCAUCUGUCCGAGCUCCCAGUUCUCCAUACGCGCUUGUCGGCGCAGAUUCGGAACAUCGUAGCCCAACGACGGACGGAACGUGGCGGACGCGCCACAAAGAUGCUCGUCGCACGACAGAACGUCGACGCGUCCGAAAUUGAGUUCAGUGACUUGCUCGUGGAAGACCAGAACAACGCCUCGCUGUCCUACAUUGACUAUCUGUCUCUGGUCCACAAGCAAAUUGCCGCGGCGAUGCAGAACGGCAUCUCCUUGUCCUCUUCUGCGAGUGUGAAAGCAAUCUGGUAACACAGCGGGGAACUCGCAUACUUGAGUGCCUUGGCCAUUGCAUAUUGAAUCUCCUUCUGUGUCUAUUUCUCGUAACCAGGCUAUCAAUGUAUGGAAGGUAUAUUUGCAUAGAAAGGAACGACUAUCUUCGGCGUAAUACUCGCACAGAAGGGAAGCUGAAUACAUGAGAGGAGAUGGAUAGAAGGAGAAGAAAAAAAGAGUAAAUAAACAACAAGCGAUUAAGGAGUGUGUAUAGCCAAACAUGUGCGGCGCCAUGACAAAGGAGAGAGUCCUAAGAAUGGAUCAAAUCAAGAUAAUAGAAAAAUACCAAGCAUACUGGAAAAGAAAACCACAAUCCGCUCUACCGACCGACCCGCUGACUCGACUACUCACGAAUCGUGCGAUCCCACUGGCUGCACCGUUUUCGUUGACCGGCGCGUACCGAACCGCAACCUUCCUGAAAAUAGCCCGCCAUCGUGUGACGUCGCGCUCCCCGCACGCGACCGGAAGGACCAUGCGGGAGAAGCAGGACGUGGAGGGUCUACGAGAGGGGCAUCCAGGAGGGUCUGAUCGCGGGUGCGGGAGAGCUCUCGUGGGGGAUGCGCAUUGGGGGGAAUGCUGUGAUUGUGUUGGUGAUGGUGGUGAUGGUGGUGGUGGUGGUCAUGCCCGCCGACCGUGUGUUUCCCGUCGCAGCACGCCCGCACGUUCUCGAGCCCCUGGAAGCCCUCAUCUGACAUGGAGUCCUCAUGGAGCUCGAAGUCGAGGUCUUCCUCUUCUUGCCCGCCAGGGACGUGCUCAAAAGGAUUCGUGGGGCUGUAGGGUCCAUCCGCGCCCCAACGGAGGUACUCCGCCGCCGGGGUGCCAGAGCGCUUUCCAAUGGAACCGCCGACGGACAGUUGCGACUGGCUUCGCUGCCCACGAGGCGUCACGUUGAAUGAUUCCCCGCUUGUCUGGCCGCUGUGGCCGCUCCGGAAGCUUUGGGGGCUCGAGAGGAGGCCACCCGGAGCAGGCUGGUUAUCAUCGUCCGGCAGAUCCGAGUGGACAGAUAGCGGGCUCAACGGUGCUGCAGGCAUCGCGGUCCUGUUGGCCAUGUUCGCGGGCGACGAGAUGGUCAUGCCGUUCGGUCUUGUGAGAAGGUACUUCAGAGCAUUUAGCCAGAUGUCGUGUCUCUCCUUCGUCGGGGCGGUGAUCUUCAUCUCCCUCUGCGGCGUGGAGACCACCACGCUGUAUUGGUAGAGGCCGGGAGGCAUCGGGUUGGGGUCGAGAACGGAUCGGAC